AUGGUGACCACCGCCGUAUCCCAGGGCAAUUUGCGCCAGCGCAACCCCGGGUCGAAAAAGAAGUCAGGCUCGCCUGGCCCUGACGAUGUGCAGUACGACAGCCUGAUCAAGUCGAACAAGUCAGUCACGGGUGCUGGCUCUGAACUCGACUACAAGAUUGCAUUGGCCGUCAUCACCGUCCUGGCCUUCAUCUCGAGAUUCUGGGGCAUCAGCCAUCCAAACGAGGUCGUCUUUGAUGAAGUUCACUUUGGCAAGUUCGCUUCCUACUACCUCGAGAGAACCUACUUCUUCGAUGUCCACCCUCCUUUUGGCAAGCUUCUUUUCGCCUUCAUGGGCUGGCUGGUUGGCUACGAUGGACACUUCCACUUUGAGAACAUUGGCGACUCCUACAUUUCCAACAAGGUUCCUUACGUCGCUUUCCGCGCCAUGCCCGCUAUUCUCGGCUCCCUAACUGUUUCCGUCACGUACCUGAUCAUGUGGGAAUCUGGAUACAGUCUUCCUGCUUGCGUUGUUGCUGCUGGUCUGGUCCUCCUGGACAAUGCACACAUUGGCCAAACUCGCCUCAUUCUGCUCGAUGCCACUCUGAUUCUUACAAUGGCCUGCAGUCUUCUCUUCUAUAUCAAGUUUUACAAGCAGCGACAUGACCCUUUCAGCCGCAAGUGGUGGAAGUGGCUGAUCCUGACGGGUUUCGCCUUGUCCUGCGAUAUCUCGACCAAAUACGUCGGUCUGUUCGCAUUCGUCACUAUCGGUUCAGCUGUGGUUAUUGACCUCUGGGACCUGUUGGAUGUCAACAGAAGUGGUGGCGCCCUCAGCGUCCCUGAUUUCCUGAAGCAUUUCGCCGCCCGGGCUUUUGGUCUCAUCAUCAUGCCCUUUAUCUUCUACUUAUUCUGGUUCCAAGUCCACUUUGCCAUCUUGACCAGAUCCGGUCCUGGCGACGACUUCAUGACUCCUGAGUUCCAGGAGACUCUGUCCGACAAUGUCAUGUUUGCUAACUCGAUCAACAUUGAGUACUACGAUACCAUCACCAUCAAGCACAAGGAGACCAAGGCAUAUCUUCACAGUCACGCAGGCAACUACCCUCUGCGCUACGAUGAUGGUCGUGUCUCGAGUCAGGGUCAGCAGGUGACUGGAUAUCCCUUCGAGGAUGCCAACAACCACUGGCAGAUUCUGCCCAUGGAUGGCAGCGAGGAAUUGGGACGCGUCGUCAAGAACCACGAUUUGGUUCGUCUUCGACACGUUGGAACUGACACCAUUCUUUUGUCGCACGACGUUGCUUCCCCUUACUACCCCACCAACCAGGAAUUCACCACUGCUCUCGUUGCGGAUGCUCUCGGUGAUCGCAAGGAGGAUACCCUAUUUGAAGUUCGGAUUGAGAACGGAAAGAAUGGACAGGAAUUCAAGAGUGUCGCGAGUCACUUCAAGUUCAUCCACAACCCCAGCAAAGUCGCCAUGUGGACGCACGAGAAGCCUCUGCCAGAUUGGGGUCACCGCCAGCAGGAAAUCAACGGUAACAAGCAGAUCACGCCUAGCUCCAAUGUCUGGCUCGUUGAGGAUAUUCCCUCUAUUCCCGCUGGUCACCAGCGCCGUGACAAGCCUGUCAAGGAGGUCAAGCGUCUGCCGUUCUUGCAAAAGUGGUUUGAGCUGCAACGUUCCAUGUUCUGGCACAACAAUCAGUUGACCAGCAGCCACCCCUAUGCCAGCCAGCCGUACCAGUGGCCAUUCCUGCUUCGGGGUGUCAGUUUCUGGACUCAGAACGACACGCGCCAGCAGAUUUACUUCUUGGGUAACCCCCUUGGUUGGUGGAUUGCAAGCAGCUUGCUCGCUGUCUACGUCGGUAUCAUUGGUGCCGACCAGAUUUCUCUGCGCCGUGGCGUUGAUGCGCUUGAUCGCCGCACUCGUACUCGACUUUAUAACUCGACUGGUUUCUUCUUCCUUGCCUGGGCCACUCACUUCUUCCCAUUCUUCGUCAUGGGACGUCAGCUGUUCCUUCACCAUUACUUGCCGGCUCAUCUCGCCUCAACUCUGAUUGUUGGAUCAUUGGUUGAAUUUGUCUUCAAUGCUGACCCAGCCUCCGAGGAAGCCAGCUACUAUGCCAUUAAGGCUGGCAAGAAGCAACCUUCCGCUAAGCGAUUCGUCACUGCUCGUGAAAGAUUUGCUGGCACGAGCAUGGUCCCAGCCUGGAUUGCUACAGGAGUCAUCUUGACUAUUGCUGCUGCCAGCUGGUACUUCUUCCUGCCCCUUACCUACGGAUACCCCGGCCUCAGCGUUGAACAGGUCGUCAGCCGCAAGUGGCUCGGCUACGAUCUACACUUUGCCAAAUAA